CUGAUUUGACAAAUUUAUAAGCUUUAGCAAUAUGGGAUUUAAUGAAAUAUAUAUACCAUUAUCGUCACUUAUUGCAGAAUAUAAGCUGCUAACAAAUUCGUCAUUAUGGAAUCCUGCCUAUAAAGAAAGUAGCAGCGUGGAACACUUGUCAUGUAAUGAAAGUCUUAAAGAGGGGUUUUGCUUGGAGAACUUCUCAUGGCGCUUAUGGUAUCGACAGCAACGGAAACAUCAGCAACCAAAUUCAUUUUUCUUGGAAGCAACACCAGCAGAGCAAGCAUCCGAAACUACAGUUGCUGCUAGAUCGUCCGGUGCACAUAUUAAUAAAAAUGUGGUGAAAAUCAAGAACAUCUCGGAAGAAUGUCAAUAUGAACAGCAUAAACAGAUCCCAGAAACACGUUCAACGCCUGAUCUAUCGAAAUUAAACCUUAAAUCAAACAAGCAGUCAACAAAUAGUACAGCUGCAAAGGCAAUUUGUGUCUCAUCAACAAAUGACGAUCCUGAUACCAUUGUAUUCAGUAAUACCCUCACUAGCAGCACAUUCACUGCUGCUGCAUUCACUAAUACUUCCUCUAAUGACCAUUUUCUUACGUCACUUUCGCAAUAUUGUCGAAGGAGAAAGAAGUUUUUCUUCAUACCAUCCUUUCCAAAAAGACGAACCAGCAUUGCCGGUAGUAAUACCACCAAUGAAACUGAUAUGACCACAGAGAAAGACUAUCAUGAUAAAAAAGAUUUCAAUGACCAUACCGAUUGUAGUGAUUGUACAGAAAUUGAUGAAGAUGCUGGGACUGAUAAUGAUUCAGUAAUAACCAAAACGGAAUAUACUUGUUAUUAUCAAGAACACCGUUACAUUGAACAAAAACAACCACAGCAACAUGAUAUCAACUUAUCAUACCUCCAACAACAAUUAACCUUUGUGAAAAAAAACCCUUUUAAAAUACAUAAACCAGUAUCAUCCUUGUUGACGAGCAUGCUGUUGACAUCAACUCAGAGACAACAACAACCGCUUUCUGAAGAAGGACAGGAAAAGCGAAACAACACAUCUUACCAUUCCCCGGACAAGCAACAACAUACUUUUGUUACCGAUAAAAGAUCCAUAUACUUGAACGAUGCUCCUGCCGUCGCUAUUAUUGCCGACGAUAAUAACCAUAAUAUUAUUCAUAAUGAUGGCCUUCGCCGUUGUCAAUUUCGCUUUUACAACCGUCUAGAUCAAUUUUUCUUAAAGAGUAAUCAUUGA